AUGGAUGAACUGGGGAUGUUGGAGAGAUCUCCAGCUGUUUUUCCAGAUGCUAUGUUUCAUUCUGAGGAGGAUAGACAUGCCUGGGAAUAUUAUGUGAGGCUGGUAUCCUCGAAUGUACCGGCGCUGGAUGGCCCUGAUAAUCCAUACCGGCAGCUAUCAUUCACGGCGUUGACCUCGCCAAUUCUACUCGAGACUAUUGUCUGCAUCGCGACAGAGCAUAUGCUCAACUUUGGUCUCGGAAACGUGUCAACCGCAGCACAGCGCCAGCAACGAAUGCUCAGAACCAUUGGAGAGAGCCUCCACGGUAUAGAUGCAGCCGGGCUCCAUGAAACAGGCCCUGCAGCAAGCAAUAUCGAUCACGAGGCACUUCUCACGGCAGUCGUCCUACAAGGGGUUGUGGUGGCCCAAUCGGCCGACGGGGUCCUAGAACCACACGUCAAAUGCGCAUCAUUCCUCAUGCAAACCCUGGAUCACUUCUGCCAGGUCCCAUACAGCACGCUUGCACGCAUGGCAGUGCAACGAUUCGGCAUGGUAGACGUGAUGCUAGCCAUUUCCCGGCAACGACGACCCUACGCCCCGCGCAACUUUGUACUCCACCAGCCAGAUCCGGAGCGAUGGGACAACUCGACGCCCUCAUUCCGCAAAAUGACCGGCUGUCCCCAACCGCUUUUGUGCUUCCUUGCGCGCAUCUCGCAUCUGGCGUGCGAUGUGGAAGAGCGGCUGGAGCAGGCUGUGUCCUUUAGCGACAUCCUUGCACAGGCUUAUCAGCUCGAAAGUGACCUUCGGUCUUGGGGCUCUGAGUUUACAGGUACAGGGACUAUUCCAGAUGGUUUCGUGCGCCCGCCAUUAGAUAUUCUCACCGAGUGUUUUUACUGGACUGCACAUCUGUUACUGGCACGUCGCGUAUUUCGCGAUUCGACCCGCAGUCCCCGGGUACAACAUCUGAUGCACACGUGCUUCCGGCUCAUGGAUCAAUUGUCUACUGGGUGUGGACCGGAUUCGUCUCUGCCGCAGCCGUUCUAUCUUGCUGCUCGGGAAGCUGUUACUCUCGAGGAUCGCGCGUGGGUACGGCAGAAGCAUGAGUCAAUGACGGACUACUAUCGUGAGCAGCAGAGGAAUCUGGCAAUGCAUCUAACCCAGCGAGUGUGGGAUAUCAUCGAUGAGGCACAUGUUACAAAUUCUAUCGGGUUGCAGCCAGUCACUGCGGUAUCGAAUGGAGACGAGACGAUUAGGGCUAUGGACCAGCAAAGUUGUCUAUUCAUUUUUUGA